UGCUUUGCAAUUUCUUGUUUCAUUUGAAAACUCAGUCAGGAAUUCCUGCUGCGUACCUGUGCCCAUGUGUUCACAGAGAGCUGGGUGAAAGGAGUAGAGGCAGCCCCAGGCCAGGAAAAAGUUCUGUUUAAGUGCAAAUGUGCCAGGUGAGUCAGGUUCCGGUCCGCUAGGGUAUCAGGUUCCCCUGAGCCACACAGCCUCCAGCCCGCUGUCACUCAGGCACAAGUGGGCAGGGCCAUCUGGACUGUCCAAUCGGGAGCUGCUGGGUGGGACGAUGCGCCGUGCUGAGCUGGAGGUGCCUCCUGCUGUGCUCGGGAUGGAUUAUCGCCUGCUCUUAGGGUUACCCCGUGGCUCUGCUGCAGCCUCGGUCACUUUGUGAUCUGCACUGGUCAUGGGAGUCCCAGGAAGGACUCAGGAGACCUAGAAAUGUAUUUCUGUCAUUUUGGAAUAUACUCUUGAUGCUGCCUUUAUGGAGAAAUAAGAAGAAAUGUGAUCACAGUAAAAAUGUGUAAAAUAAUUUCCAUGUGUUCAUGAUGCUGUUAAAUUGAUGAGGAAGUGUCUACAGAAAAACAGAGUCACUGGCCAUUGAGGAUGUGGCUGUGAACUUCACCGCAGAGGAGUGGGCUUUACUGGAUCCUUCACAGAAGAAACUCUACAGAGAUGUGAUGUGGGAAACCUUCAGGAACCUGGCCUCUAUAGGAAAAACGUGGGAAGAUCAUGAUAUUGAAGGUCGGUACAAAAACAAGGGGAGAAAAGAGAGAAUUCAUAUGGUAGGGCGACUCUAUGAAAAUGAAGAGGGUAGUCAAAGUGGAGAAAACUUCAGGCUCAUUCCAAACCUCAAUCUGAACAAGAAAACUACUGAAGCAAAACCAUGUGAAUGCAGUGCAUGUGGAAAAGUCUUCAUGCAUCAGUCAUUGCUUAAUAGGCACAUCAGAUGUCACACUGAACACAAAGCCUAUGACUAUCAAAAAUAUGGAGAGAAAACAUAUAAACAUAAGGAAUAUGGGAAAGUCUUCACUUUCCCCAAUUUUCUUCAAAUACAUGAGAUAACUCAUACUAGAGUGAAACCCUACGAAUGUAAAAAAUGCGCUAAAGCAUUCACUUCUUCUAAUUCUCUUCGAGUACAUGAACGACGUCACACUGGAAAGAAACCUUAUAAAUGUAAGGAAUGUGGGAAAGCCUUCAUUUCUCUCACAAACCUUCGAGUACACAUGGUCACUCACACUGGAGAUGGACCUUAUAAGUGUAACAAAUGUGAGAAAGUAUUCAUUUAUCCCAGUUCGUUUCGAAUACAUGAAAGGAGUCACACUGGAGAGAAACCCUAUGAAUGUAAAGAAUGUGGGAAAGCCUUCAGUUUGUACACUAACUUAAAAAAACACACAAGAACUCAUACAGGAGGGACACCAUUUGUAUGUAAAGAAUGUGGUCAGACUUUUAUUUCUCUUCGAGUUUUCCAAAUACAUGAAAGAAAUCACACUAGAGAGAAAUCCUAUGAGUGUAAAAAAUGUAAUAAGGCGCUCGGUUCUUCCAGGUCUCUUCAACGACAUGAAAGAAAUCACACUGGAGAAAAACCCUAUGAAUGUAAAAAAUGCAGUAAAGCAUUCUGUUAUCCCAGUUCUCUUCGAGCACAUGAGAGAAUUCAUACUGGAGAGAAAUGCUAUGAAUGUAAGGAAUGUGGGAAAACCUUUAUAGUUCUGUCAAGCCUUCGAUCACACAUGAUCUCUCACACUGGAGAUGGACCUUAUAAGUGUAAGAAAUGUGACAAAGCAUUUAUUUCCCCCAGUGCAUUUCGAACACAUGAAAGGAGUCACACUGGAGAGAAACCAUAUGAAUGUAAAGAAUGCAGUAAAGCAUUCAGUUAUACCAGUUCUCUUCGAAAACAUGAAAGAACUCAUACUGGAGAGAAACCCUAUAAAUGUAGAAAAUGCAGUAAAGCAUUCACUUCUUCCAGUUCCCUUCGAGUACAUGAAAGAAUUCAUACGGGAGAGAAACCCUAUGAAUGUAAGGAAUGUGGGAAAGCCUUUAUAGAUUCCUCAAGCCUUCGAUCACACAUGAUGUAUCACAUGGAAGAUAGACCUUACAAAUGUAAGGAAUGUGAGAAAGCAUUCAUUUAUCCCAGAUUACUUAGAAGACAUGAAAGAAGUCACAGUAAAGAAUGUGGGAAAGCCUUCAUUUCCCAUAAAAGUUUCCAAAUACAUAAAAGAAAUAAUACUGGGGAGAAACUAUAUGAAUGUAAAAAGUGUAGUAAAGCAUUUAAUUUUCCCAGUUCUCUUCAAAAACAUGAAAGAACUCAUACUAGCAAGAAACCCUAUGAAUAUCAGGAAAGUGGGAAAGCCCUUAUUUCUCAUGCAAACUUAUAUGAGAAUGCACACUAGAAAAAAAACUAUAUAAAUAUAAUGAAUGCAUGAAAGCCUUUUGUCAUCCCAGUUCUCUCUGAAUGUGUAAAAGGACUCACUUGAUAAAAACCUCUUGAAUGUAAACAGUUUGGGAAAGACUUCAAAUGACCUACAUCAUUAUAUGUGAAACUCACACCAAAAAGGAAAUAUAAAAGUAAGUCAUGAGAAAGCUUGAUGGAAAUUUACUUGUGUGUGAUGUUCUAGAAAACUUUCAACAUGAAGGAGUUGUUGUAAAAGUUGUAAAUAUAUUUUGUUUAGCAAGCCUCUUUUUUAAAGUCCAACAUUGGAUUGUGGAUUUCUAUUAAUUUCUUUCAGAAAUGAAUAUCGAGGUGAGAUAAUUCUGCUAGUCCUCCUUCAUCAAUAGUACAAAAGAUUGAUAGGUAGUGGUUUUUCCUGAAAUCAGUUAGUAAUAUUUUUUCUUUAAUUGUUUUUAUAAGGUUUUAAUUUUUUUGUCAUGGGGACACUGAAAAAUGACAGUUUGUAUUUGUUGGGAUUUUCUUACUGGCCUUGUAUUGCAGAUCCUGGAUAUGCCUAACCCAUUGUAUAUAUUUUUCCCUUUUUAGAGAAAGCUCCUUUUUUUGGGGUGAUGAGUAUAGAAGCCUGUUUUUAUUUUCCAUACUAUUCAACAGUUGGAAUAAAUUUUUGUGUGCUGCAAGUU